GUUUGCUUAUCAUUUAUCAGUGACAGUGACAUUGCACAAGUGACAAGAGCAAGAGUAAAAAAUACACGGAAAGGUCGAUAUUUGACCGAAAUAAAUUAGUUGUAGAUUUUUAAGACUAAAGGAAAUCUCAAACAAGAAAAAUGAGUGCUGUUGUGAGAAAAAUGUUAGAUUCGCUGAAAAGCAAAGAAUUUAGAGAGUAUUUAAUGAGCACACAUUUUUGGGGUCCAGUAGCAAAUUGGGGAAUUCCUCUGGCUGCGAUUGCUGACACAAGAAAGGACCCCAGCUUCAUUAGUGGAAAAAUGACAUUUGCUCUAUCCCUUUACUCGUUGAUGUUCAUGCGAUUCGCCUGGAGGGUUCAACCACGCAACCUGCUCUUGUUCGCUUGCCAUUUCACAAACGAAUGCGCGCAACUCACGCAAGGCGCUCGCUUCGUCAACCACCACUAUCUGCAGGACAAACCCGCGGUCAUCGAACCGAAGGCGCCAGAACCUGAGAAGUAAUGUUAAGACAGACUAAUCGGUUUAUAGUAUAGACGUGACGUAAAAAAGACCUAUGCCGUUUUCACCAACAAUCCCAAUUUUUAAGUGACCCCUAUGAAAACAAAAUCCCUGUUAUGUGUUACCAUAGGAGUCACUUAAAAUUUGGGAUUGAUGGUGAAAACGGGCAUUAUUCUUAUAAAGAAAUGGGCGGAGUUGAAGCAAACUGCUCUGAUUGGUCGAUACGUCACUCAUCGACCAAUUGGGGCUGUGAGUUUUGAUUCUGAGUUUUAAAAACUCAUAAAACUUAUUUAUUUUUGUAAGUAGGCUUUUAAAAAGCAUUUUUAGGUUGUGAUAGCCUUCCAACUUACAUUAAUUUUCAAAGAAUAAUAUGAUACAUUUAUUAUUUCAUAAACGGUGUCCAAGCUUGCCUUCUUAUUAUAAGAUUACCUAGAUCAAGUUUAUGUAUUUUCACGUCUGUAAUAUAAACUGAUUUUGGGGUAACUGCCAAUUGACAUCUGAAAGAUUUCAGAUUUCUGUAA